AUGGCCUAUGCAGAGUACAACUUGGAAAACUCGCCGCACCUGCGGGCUGCGUACGAGUUGGACGUGGCGCUGCAGGAGUUUUCGGAGUGUCUGUACAGCGGGGGUUUGAGGGUUUUGGGGUGUACAGACACCAUAGCUUCUGAAGAGGACUUGCGGAGGGUUUUGCAUGCACUCGAAGAAAGGGUUUUGAAACCCUUUUCUUUCCAAGAGUGGUUUAGACUCGAGCCCGAGCCCCUCAUAGAGGCCUGGCAAAGGGACAUUUGUGCUGCUGGCCAGCAGCAGCAGCAGCAGCAGCAGCAGCAGCCGCACAACAUCACCACCGCCCAGCAAAGACGCGAUAUCCUCUACCAGAUGGUCCGCGAGACUAGGGUUUAG